AGCACACUCUCUUACAUCCCUUCAGCUCGCGGUCAGACCUCUGUCGUGCAGGAUGGCUGAAUCUUACGUGCGACACGUGGAAAUGUUAGGCUUUGAGAAAAGAUUCUUUCCCAGCCAGCACUAUGUUUACAUGCUCCUGGUUAAAUGGAAUGAUCAAUCUGAAAAGCUGGUGUACAGACGCUAUCCAGAAAUCCAUACAUUUCACAAAGCUUUGAAGGAAAUGUUCCCAAUUGAGGCAGGAGACAUUGACGGAAAUGACAGAAUCAUUCCCACAUUACCAGCUCCCAAAUGGCUCGACAACCAGAAAACAACAGAGACGAGGCAGGUGACUCUUGCUGAAUACUUUCGUUCCCUUCUCAACUUGCCUCCGAAGAUCUCCCGCUGUCAGCUUGUAUGUGACUUCUUCAAAAUGCGGCCUGAAGAUGAAACUCCACCAGCACCGCACCCAUACAAAAGAAACGAGACCUUCAUUAUGUCCACAAACAGAGCACGGAGCAACACCACAUCAGAAAUCACAGGGCCCAUCAUGCUUGAAAGCUACAGAGUGAUUGCAGACUAUAGCAAGAGCUCAAAGUAUGAGCUCUCUCUAAAGAUGGGAGACAUGGUGGACAUUGUGGAAAAAAGCCCAAAUGGCUGGUGGUUUUGUCAGUAUGAGUCCAGGAGAGGCUGGGUGCCAGCUUCAUACUUAGAGCCUCUGGAUGGAGCAGAUGAAUCAGAGGAACCAGAGCCUAAUUACACAGGAGAGCUCUACAAAACCACUAAAGGGUAUAAAGCUGUCGAAGAGGAUGAGUUGACUCUUGAGGCAGGAGAGAUAAUCGAGGUCAUCCAUAAACUUCUUGAUGGGUGGUGGGUGGUCAGGAAAGGAGAAGAUACGGGCUUCUACCCAUCCUUGUUCCUGUGCAGGACGGGAGAGAGGAAAGAGGUGGAUGCGGAGAAGGAGGUGGUCAGAAGAGCAACACCACCACCCAGAAGGUCUACCAUACGCAAUGCCCAGAGCAUCCAUCCUAAGGGACGUCAGCGAAUCAGUCAGGACACCUAUCGAAGACAGAGUCGAAGGUUCUUACAGCAGCGAGGCAGACUGAACUCCCAAUCCAGGAAUGGGACACGAUCUCCACUGCAGGAGAGGAAGACAAACAGAGAGAACAUCGCAAAAUCAGGCUCUCCUCAAGCAGAAGAUCUGGAUGAAAGUAUUCCAGUCAUUCCUCCGCGGCCCAGUCCUCAGCUCAUUCUGGAGCGCUGCACUGAGAACACAUGCAAGAGAGUCAGCAUACAUGAGGCCAACUGAAGUGAUUGAGUUAUGAAGCGAUGUGUUAAAUCUCGACUUGAAUCUGUUAAAAAUGGUCACAGGCAUUCAGAUACUUGUUUAAACAAAUUCUAUGUUCAUUCCUGCUUAGGCCAGAACCUGUUAUAAGCUAUGUGUGUUAGACAUUUUAUAAGUGUAACGUUUAUGUCUACAAGCCAACUAGCUAUACUCCAGUACGCAUUUUUAUGACUUAGUGUUUGUCUCUAUUUUUGAUGUUUUUGUAAACAGUGACAAAUAAGUAAAUAAACAAUAGUUUGCAAAUCCAA